GUAAAAGUGAUUCCCUCCAAAACCUCCCCUGCUCACAGCUGCUUAGAAAGAGUCCUUGUUCAAGAGCUCCUCAGCUGGGCAUCCCGUCUUCAUAGCCUUCUUGCCAUUUUCUGCAGGAGCAUUCCUAUCAGACGGUUGCUCUGCUUCCUUGCGAAUAUUUUCAAGAUGAACAAGUUUCUUCUUCUGGGCUUUUCUGUUCUGCUCUUAUCCACAGUUGCACAAGGUCUGGUUUGCAAAGUAUGCAAAUUCAAAUUUGCCGGUGUCUGCCUCAAUUCUGAUGAGCCCUGUCAAGCUGGACACGGCGAGUUCUGUGAGACAACCAAAGUUUUCUCAGGCAGAGUAAGGCUCUUCACAAAAUAUGGCUGCACCAAAGGCACAGAGCUUUGCAACAAGACUGAGCAGAGGGAAAACAUUUUCGACACGAGCUACAACCGCACCUGCUGUGACACUGACUUAUGCAAUGGGGGAGUUGUUGGCAACCCUAGCUUCCCACUCUUAGCUGGCCUCAGCAUGGCGUUGGGCUGGUGGGUAGCCCAUUAACACUGGCACAAAGGCCCUUUUCAUAAGAAGAGGCAAAACACAAACCUUUUCCUUCUUACCCUUUUGACCUAAGCUGGGCAAGGUAUGGCCUACAAGCUGUAGAUGUGACAUGACUAUCAACAUAGGCCAGUGUUUAUCAAACUGUGCUCCUCCAGGUAUUUUGGACUUCAGCUCCCAGAAAUCCCAACCAGCUUACCAACUGUUAGGAAUUAUUGGUGGUGAAGUCCAAAACAUCUGGAGCAACACAGUUUGAGAAACUCUGACAUAGGCUAUCGCUUGUAGCUGAGUAUGAUUGAGUCAUGAACUCCCUUUUCAAUUUACUGACUCACCUGCCCAACUGGUUGCUGCCCCAAGUCAUAUCAGUAAUAUUGCUAUCACAACUGUUCCAAAGUGAGUUUCCCUUCCCCUUUCCUCUUCCCUUCCACCCUGUAAAAUCCACCUCAUCUGGUCUUACAGGGCCCUAUAUAGGAAAACAUUGCCACUUCCUCCAUAAUUCACUUAGUUCCUUAUCACACUUUUCCAUUACCACUUUAUUAUUAUUCCAACCUCCUAUGGAAUCCCAGGAUUUGCAGUUUAGGGAUGGGACAGCUGGAAUUUUUAGCCAGAGAGCUUUUGGGCCUCAUUUAAAUUACACACCCCAUAAUUAUGGGA